AUGGCCCCCUCUAGCAAACCCGUCGCACUGGUCGUCGGCGCAUCCCGUGGCAUAGGCCGUCAAGUCGCCGUAGACUUUGCAGCGCAUGGCUACGCAGGCAUGUCUCACCCAGCACACCACCACCACCACCACCACCAUACAUUAGAGCUGAAUAUCGUCGUCGCGGCCAAGACGGUCAGCGACCCUUCGAAACCAAUCACGUCCAUCCCGGAUCCCAAGUCCAACGAGUCCACAAUCACCACCGUCAGCUACGAGAUUCGGCAGGCUUGCGGCGAGGCGCACCCGAUUCAAGUCGACGUGCGCUCCGAGGAGAGCGUCAAUUCUCUCAUCGCGCAGACAAUUGCUAAAUACGGCCGCCUCGAUGUCCUCAUUUACAACUCGGGCGCCAUUUACUGGGCCUCUGUCCAAGACACGCCCCUCAAGCGCUUCAAGCUCAUGCAAAGCGUCAACCCCGAAGGUCUCUACGCCACCAUCCAAGCCGCCCUACCGCACCUAACCCAAGCCCCUUCCUCCUCUGGCGGCCGCAUCCUCGUCGUUUCCCCUCCCAUCUACAGCCGCUUCUUCCGGGGCAAGACUGCCUACGCCAUGGGCAAGGUCGGCAUGUCCGUCCUCACAAAGGGCCUCGCCAUGGACUUUGUCCGCCAGGGGCUCGUCGCGCGCGGCACCGCCAUCACCAGCCUCUGGCCCGCCGUCGCCAUCGAGUCCGCCGCCACGGAGCGCGUCACGAGGCUCGACCCGGCCGAGGCCCGGGACCUGCGCAAGCCAACCAUUUUUUCCGACGCCAUGCUCGCCAUUGUCCGCGCGCCCGCCGAGGACGUCAAUGGGGAGCUGCUGCUGGACGAGGACUUUUUGCACGAUUACUGCGGCGUCAGGGACUUUCGCAAGUACAACGUCGUGCCGGAUAGUGAGCCCCGGCGCAUCAUGCCGGCGCGGCUGCCGGAUCUGCGCGUCGCGGAGCAGGAUGACGAGGGAAAGCGUGUGGAUAGCACAAAGUUGGCAAAACUGUAA